GCCGCCCAAACCACCAAUAACUAGUUAAAGCCGCCUGCGACAGAAAGUAAGAACUCCCCGACUUAUGAGCAAGAAAAAUGGAAGUAGCCAAGCACCAAAAGCAUUUUGUCUUAGUGCAUGGUGCAUGCCAUGGAGCUUGGAGCUGGUACAAGAUCAAGCCCCGCCUCGAAUCCUCUGGUCAUCGAGUCACGGCCCUUGACAUGUCAGCCUCCGGCGUUAACCCGAAGAAACUAGAUGAACUACACACCUUUUACGACUAUACUCUGCCGUUGAUUGAAUUCAUGGCCUCGGUUCCUCCAAACGAGAAGGUGAUACUAGUUGGGCACAGCCUUGGUGGCUUGAACUUGGCUCUUGCCAUGGACAAGUACCCUGAGAAGAUCUCUGUUGCUGUCUUUCUCGCAGCCUUCAUGCCUGAUUCCACACACACCCCAUCCUACGUUUUAGAUCAGUAUUGCGAGAGGAUCCCUGCAGAAGCUUGGUUGGAUACUCAGUUUCCACCCUUUGGUAGUUCGGAAGAACCUCUCACAUCAAUGUUUUUUGGCCCCAAGUUCUUGUCAUCCAAGCUCUACCAACUUUGCCCCAUUGAAGUAAACCCUCUCCCUCUCUCCAAGUUGGUAUUGCAUAUUCGUAUCUGCCUAAAUUAUUCUUGUUUUAGGAUCUUACAUUGGCGAGGACAUUAGUAAGGCCUGGAUCAUUAUUUCUGGAAGAUUUGUCGAAGGCAACUAAGUUCUCGAGUGAGAGGUACGGAUCAGUUAAGCGAGUUUAUGUCAUAUGCAAUGAGGAUAAAGGCAUACCAGUGGAAUUCCAGCAAUGGAUGAUUGAAAACAUUGGAGAGACAGAGACUAAGGAAAUCAAAGGCGCAGACCAUAUGACAAUGUGCUCAAAGCCAGCAGAACUUUGCCAUUAUCUCCAAGAGAUAGCAAGCGAGUACGAUUAGUGUUGGACCAACAUCUCAUUGAAAAGUUUAAACUAAAAGAGAGAGAUGGAAUAAAUUAAUGUAUUUAUCUAAUAAUUAGGUUCUCUUAACCAUUAGUCGUAGCAUUGUCUCCCUUAGCUUUCAGACUGUCACUAUUGCACAUGACAGUUACAACCAUGGAUUUUGUAAUUGUCCUUUGACAUUUAUGGUGUACACCAGCAUGGCUUUCAAAAAUGUAACGGAAAGAGCCAUUGAGUUGUUGGAUGGGCAAUAAGUUGAGCCAUUGAGUUGUUAGAUGGGCAAUGAGUUGAGCCAUUGAGUUGUUCAAAAGUGUAUUAAAUUCGUGACAUGUGCAAUGGUCUGCCCCUCAAGUCGAACGAGUGAAUUGCACGUGUCACGAAUUUAAUACACUUGUGUGUUAGUGCCUGGGGAAAUGGGAAUGAUGAUGGUGCAAACACAAUCACCAUGAGAGUCGUUGUGGGGCCAAUAUAUUAAGUCUUCUUUUUCACUACUAUCCAACCUUUAUUUAUUUGUCUUUAUCCUUUUUCGUGUUUCUGUUUCAUUUAAACGUCUUAUCCUACAGUACAUAGGUUGGAGCCCCACCUUUCACUUUCAUUUUUAUCGCUUUUGUUUUCUGCGGUGGAAGAAUUUCAAUAGUGAUCAUAUUGUCGUCUAUGUACUUCUGCAUUUGGGUUU